AUGGCCCCCAGUACUGAUCAAGCAGCAAAACCGGAGGCAGAGCAGAAAAAGCAGAAGCCUCCAGUGAAGGAGGAGGAGCUUUCCGAAGAAGAUCAAAAAUUGAAGGAUGAUUUGGAAUUGCUUGUCGAAAGACUUAACGAGCCAAACCAGAAGGAGAACCUUUACUCCGAGUAUCUUACCACAAUGAAGAACUUCAUUCGUGAAUCAACAACAUCUAUGACGGCUGUGCCUAAGCCAUUGAAGUUCUUGAGGCCCCACUACACACUUAUCACUGAAUUGUAUGAGAAGUGGAACUCCACUGGCAGCAAGAUCUCAAAUGAGCUUUUGGUCCAACUCGCCGACGUUUUGUCCGUUUUGGCUAUGACCUAUUCUGAUUCUGAUAGAGAUUCAUUGAAAUAUCGUUUGUUAGCAUCUAAUGAUACCAUUGCCGACUGGGGUCACGAGUACAUGAGACAUUUGGCCUUGGAGAUUGGCGAGUCAUACCAAGAGAAGUUGGGUUACGAUGAUGCAUACAUCGACCGUCUUAUCCAAUUGUCUUUGCAGAUUGUUCCUUUCUUCCUUAAACAUAAUGCUGAAGCUGACGCAGUUGAUUUGUUAUUGGAGAUUGAGAGCAUUGAAAAGUUGCCACAAUACUUGGACGAUAGCACCUAUGCAAGAGUCUGCCUUUACAUGGUAAGCUGUGUCCCACUUUUGGCUCCACCAGAUGACACUGCUUUCUUGCAUACCGCCUUCUCUAUCUACUUGACCCACAACCAGUUAACCCAGGCAUUGACCUUGGCCAUCAAAUUGGAUGAUGAAAACUUGAUCAAGCAAGUCUUUGAGUCGACUGAUGAUGCUUUGGUACACAAGCAGUUGGCUUUUAUCUUGGCUCAACAAUUCAAUCGUUUCAACUUCCCUGGUGAAAACGAGGAGGUCCAGGAAAUUAUCUCCAACGUGAAGCUUCCUGAAUUUUUCUCAUACUUAGUAAAGGAAUUGAACCUUUUAGAUCCUAAAGUUCCUGAGGAUGUUUACAAGUCCCAUUUGGAGAACACCCGAUUUGGAUUUAGCCAAAUUGAUUCAGCUAAACAGAACUUGGCUGCCUCUUUUGUCAACGCUUUCUUGAACUUGGGAUAUGGAUCUGACAAGCUCUUCAUUCAGCCUAGCGAGCAAGACAAUCAGUCAUGGAUCUACAAAACCAAGGGUGCUGGUAUGGUAUCGUCAACAGCUUCUUUGGGUUGUCUUUAUGAAUGGAACAUUGACGAGGGUUUACAAGCAUUGGACAGGUACACAUAUUCUGCUGAGGACGAGGUAAAGGCAGGUGCUCUUUUGGGAACUGGUGUUGUGUCUGCUAAUAUCCAUGAUGAAGCAGAAGCUGCCUUGGCCUUGUUACAAGAAUAUGUCACUGACCCUAAGAAAAUAUUGCAAACCAACGCCAUUAAUGGUUUGGGUCUUGCUUUCGCUGGAUCAGCAAAUGAAGAGGUUCUUAACUUGUUAUUGCCAUUAGUCUCCGAUACUGAUUUGUCUUGCGAAGUUUCGUCGUUGGCGUCCUUGGCUCUCGGUCAUGUUUUUGUGGGUACUUGUCAUGGUGAUAUUACGUCUGCCAUCUUGCAAACUCUCUUGGAGAGAGACUUCACCCAAUUGAACAACAAGUUCAUUAGAUUCAUGGCUUUGGGUCUCGGCUUGUUGUACAUGGGUAAGACCGAAAUGGCCGAGGAUGUUUUGGAUAUUAUUGAUGCCAUCGAGCACCCUAUCAACAAAACAUUGAAGGUUUUGGUCAACGUUUGUGCCUAUGCUGGUACAGGUAAUGUUUUGCAAAUCCAAUCUCUUUUGCAGAUGUGCUUCGCGCGUCCAAAGGAUACUUUGGAGGAAGAGAAGAAACUUGGCGAAAGUGAAGAAGAUCAAUUAAAGAGAGAAGGCAAGCAAGAACUUCCAACAGAUGCUGCUGCUGCCGACGCACAAGAUGUGUCUAAUGGUCAAGAAGCGCUGGAAGAUGUCGAAAUGCCUGAUGCAAGCGAUGUGAAGACCGAGAAGCAGGAGGAUGGCAAAGAGAAGGCAGAUGACACAACCGAAGAGGAUGAGGAUGAAGACGAGGACGAGCUUUACCAAGGAUUCGCUGUUUUGGGCCUUGCAUGUAUUGCCAUGGGCGAGGACAUUGGUCAAGACAUGGUCUUGCGUCAUUUCUCACAUUUGAUGCAUUACGGCAACCCAUUGAUUCGCAGGUCGGUUCCAUUAGCAAUGGGUCUUGUGUCCGCUUCUUAUCCUCAAAUGAAGGUGUUUGACAUUCUCUCUCGUUAUUCUCACGAUCCUGACUUGGAAGUCACUCAAAAUGCCAUCUACGCCAUGGGUCUAGUCGGUGCUGGUACUAACAACGCCAGAUUAGCUCAGUUGUUGAGGCAAUUAGCUUCCUACUAUUCGAAAUCGCCAGAUUCUCUUUUCAUGGUCAGAAUUGCUCAAGGUAUUUUGUCAUUGGGUAAAGGCACUUUGACUUUGUCACCAUUUAAUACCGAGAGAAGUAUCCUUAAUAAGGUCUCGUUGGCAUCUCUUUUGACAGUCUCGGUCGCUUUACUAGAUCCAAAGUCUUUCAUUUUGAGCGACUCUACUACAGAGACCAGUCACCAGAUGUUGUACUACUUGACUCCUGCCAUCAAGCCAAGAAUGUUGGUUACUGUUGACGAAGAUUUGAAUCCAAUCAAGGUCAAUGUUAGAGUCGGUCAGGCAGUUGAUGUUGUCGGUCAAGCAGGUAAACCAAAAACCAUUACUGGAUGGGUCACUCAGGCCACACCAGUAUUGUUGAGUUAUGGUGAAAGAGCCGAGUUGGAGAAUAAUGAGGAAUGGAUCAGUCUAUCUCACACCUUGGAAGGCAUUGUUAUCUUGAAGAAAGCGCCUGAAGCUGCCGAGGCGGAGGCCUAG